AUGAGCUUGACCACCACCAGCACAGAGUCUGAAUUUUCUGAGGAUGAUCAGGAGAGUUGUCCACUGGACCUGGGAGAGGACAAUAGCAGUGAAGAACCUUUGAAGAGAUCUUCUACCAUGUCUGAAAGCAAUGCUGGACCUUGCCCCAGCAAGCAAGCUAAGAAGCGAAGCCGGCCGCCUCGUUCCAAAGCCCGCAGGGUUGCAGCCAAUGUUCGGGAGCGCAAGCGGAUCCUGGAUUACAACCAGGCUUUCAAUGCCCUACGCACUGCCCUCAAGCAUGACCUAAGCGGCAAACGUCUGUCCAAAAUCGCCACUCUCCGCAGGGCCAUACAUCGCAUCUCAGCACUGUCCACGCUGUUAGGAGCGGACACUCCAGCCUGCGGCCAUCCUGAGUGCCACAACAGACUAGAGGAAGAGGAACCUAAUUCUAGGACUACCAAAGGGUUCCAGGAGCAACCAGAGAAAUAUGGCCAGAACCCCCACCAACGUACGGUAUCUUCCGAGAUGCACAUGUUCCAGGACAGUUCUGCAAACCCUGCAAGUUCCCCUCGUGACAGCAGUUCUCAGGCAUACAUGACCUACCGGCACUAUAACCACCCUCAAGAGGAUCUGACCUAUCCCUAUUAUGGAGGAGCUGCUGGAUAUCAUUAUGGUUUUAAGGCAACUUGUCAUCAGAACCACAUGGACUGCUUUGUGGACACUUCUGCCAUGCCUUUGCCUUGGCAGCAGGGUUACCUGCAGGGCUCAGGGUUUCAGCAGUCCCUAAGCAUGCACUGA